AAAUAUAGUUGGAGCAGUGUCAAGUUUCAGCAUGAACAAAAUGUCGGCUCAAACUUUGGCAAUUUCGAAUUUAAACCCCAAUACUACUCGUCACUUGGCGAGUUUUCAUCCGAAUAUUUGGGGAGAUCGCUUUCUUUCAUGUGCUGCUGAAUCCACGGAUAUUGAGGAUGAUAUGGAGCAACAAGUUGAGAGAUUAAAGGAGGAAGUGAAAAAGAUGAUUGCUUCUGCUGAUGAACCCUCACAAAUUCUCAAUCUGAUUGAUCUUCUCCAACGAUUAGGUGUGUCUUACCAUUUUGAAAAAGAGAUUGAGGAAGCAUUGCAGCAAGUGUUGAAUAUGAACAGUGAUUCUGACAAGGAUGAUGACCUUCAUAGUGUCGCUCUCCGAUUUCGAUUACUUAGAGAACAAGGCCUCAAUGUCUCUUGUGAUGUUUUUAACAAGUUCAGGGAUCGAAAUGGGCACUUCAUUCAGACGCUCAAGACUGAUCUCCAGGGAAUGUUGAGCUUGUAUGAAGCUGCACAUUUCAGAGUCCAUGGAGAAGGCAUCCUUGACGACGCACUUGCUUUCACUACCACUUAUCUGGAGUCCAUAGUCCCCAAUUUAAGCCCUCCUCUUGCAGCCCAAAUCAGUCGCACCUUAAGGCAACCGCUGAGAAAGAGCUUGGCGAGAGUGGAGGCAAGACAUUUUAUCUCCAUUUACCAAGAAGAUACUUCCCACAAUGAAGUACUACUAACCUUUGCAAAGUUGGACUUCAACCUGUUGCAGAAACUGCACCAGAAGGAGCUAAAAUAUAUCUCAUUGUGGUGGAAAGAUUUAGAUUUUGUAAACAAGCUCCCUUUUACACGAGACAGGGUCGUGGAGGGUUACUUUUGGAUAUUGGGAGUGUAUUUUGAGUCUCAGUACCAUCGUGCCAGAAUGUUUUUAACUAAAGUAAUCAAUGUAGUAUCAGUAAUAGAUGAUAUAUAUGACGCGUAUGGCACACUGGAAGAACUUGUAGUCUUUACUCUUGAUGCAAUUAACAGGUGGGAUAUUGAUUGCAUAGACCAACUCCCCGAGUACAUGAAAGUGUGCUACAAAGCACUCUUAAAUGUGUAUGAAGAAAUCGAAAGGGCAUUAUCAGAGCAAGGAAGAUCUUACCGCCUUCAUUAUGCCAAAGAAGCAAUGAAGAAGCUUGCCCAAGCAUACUUGGUUGAAGCCAAUUGGAUGAACAAAAAUUAUGUACCAACAAUGGAUGAGUAUAUGAGCAUUGCUUUGGUAUCUUGUGCCUACCCUAUGCUUACAGUUACAUCUUUUGUUGGCAUGGGUGAUAUUGCAACAAAGGAGGUCUUUGACUGGGCUUCUAAUGACCCUAAAAUUGUGAGAGCUGCAUCUAUCAUUUGUAGGUUGAUGGAUGACAUUGUAUCCCAUGAGUUCGAGCAGAAAAGAGGGCAUAUUGCAUCUAGUGUUGAGUGCUAUAUGAAGCAAAAUGGUGUCUGAGAGGAAGCAACAAGAGAUGAAUUCAAUAAACAAAUAAUUGAUGCUUGGAAGGAUAUAAAUGAGGAACAUCUUCAACCAAAUUAUGUACCAAUGCCUUUCCGUACACGUGUGGUUAAUUCUGCUCGUAUUAUGGAUUACUUAUACAAGGAUGAUGAUGAAUACACACAUGUAGGAGAAUUAAUGAAAGGUUCCGUUGCGGCUCUAUUGAUUGAUCCAGCAUAGAUGUGAGCUUGAUCAUGAUUAAUCUGAAGUCUAUUUUGCUGCACUUCCAGGUUUUAUACAUAUCUCAAUUUGAAUAAAAUCUAAAGCUGAAGGUUCUUUCACUUGUAACAUUUAAUAGGAGUGAAGAUGCAUCCUAUGUUAUUCAAGGUUUGCUUUUUCCAUUUGUUUCUUUUAAAGUUGUCUCUUGGGCAUCUGCAUCUUUAUAAUUAAUGGGCUUUGUGUGUUGGGUAUCAAAUCAAUAAAACAUAAUGAAGUUUAUUACUUAAA